GUAGGUCCCUUUGAUUUGUUGUCCAUUCCAUUUACUACCGGAUAUGGCAGUGACUGGACUUCCGACGAUUUGCUCUUCCUUGUUCUUCGCUCUCCGGCGACCAAAAGCCUCACGGACGGCGACUAGAAUUGCCUUUGGCGUCCCAAAUCUCUUUCCAGCAACAACUCCAACCCUAACUCAUGUCGUUCGAGCUUCGGAACCCCAAAGGGAACAACAAGUAAAUGAUUCCGACCCUGCUACCUUCACAUCUCCGUCACGACUAUACUUGGCAUUCUCGCUGUCUAAGCAGGAGUUGAACUACCUGUGGAAACUAGGAGUUGGUUCUGUUGCGGGUGCAGCUGCAAUAAAAUACGGAAGCAUCCUCUUCCCAGAGAUAACAAGACCCAACAUCUUACUGGCCUUGAUCAUGAUUUCUGCUCCGGUUAUUGUAGCUGUUUUGCUUCUGAUCAAGCACAGUCGCGACCAGUGAAAGACUAGGAAUUUGGCAUGGUCACUGAGGAUAUGUGACCAUUAUGAUGAUAAUGUCCAGCAAUUUCUUUCUAUGAACACUUCUCUGGAUUCUUAAUAUCAUAUAUGGUAGCAAAUUGUAACA